AACAUUUUGUCUAGGGGCCCCGCCAACAUGGUCCCAAUUGGGCCCCACAUGUGAUAGGAUCAGCCCUGCGUAAACCCCCUGGUCUUGUCUGCACCACUGCUGCCACAACUCUCCCCUCUGCGGCUACUCCUAUCUCUUUCUCCAAGGUACAUAUAUUCUUAUGUGUUUGGUGCUAUCUAACAUGAAAUGCAUUUGUACCCUGCAAAAUAAAAUAUUAAAAAAUGUAUUGUACUACUGUAUGUCUGUCUUUUUGGGAUUUCAUUUAUCACUUUAAGCUAAAGGUCUUAGGCAUGUGCAUGUGGACCUCACAUCAUGCAGGUUGAGACUCUACAAUAUUUGGCUGUACGGUAGCCUAUUUUAUGUAGUUACGUCAUGUUUUUUUUACCCACAGUGCAACGUUUCUUCCCAGUACAAUAGCGAUGUGUGCACCAAUUACUAAUCCCCCUACAGAGUAGUAUCCACCUUGGUAAAUCAUACACCAGUUGUGGUUUUGCUGGUCGCCAGUGCACAGAUACUGUAGAAUGCAGAGGAAUGUCAAGUACCAGAAUGCAUCACUUCAACAUUUAUCAAGGGCAGAGGUGUAUUAAUUCUGCUAGGGAGGGGUCGGGAUACGGUCCCUGCAAGUUAGAAGCAUGGCUUCCUCUCAUUCAGAGGAAUCGAGUAUGUCUGUGUAAAAACAGAUAUAUAUUCAUUAUAUAUACGUUUUAGCAUAGCCCCCAGUGGCUGAACUCAAUAAGAGAUUAUGGUUUUCCUUUAAGGGUGACAACUUCUGGUGUGUGACAUAUGUUCCCUUGUUAUCCCAGGUGACACGACUAUGGGGAAAAGUGCCCUGGUCCAACUUUUCCGGAGCGAUGGGAGCCAGUUCCCAAAGAAUUACAGUAUGGUGGGGGUCACACUGAAUAGUAUGGUACCUUGUGUUGAAAAUAGGCUGUAGGUAGACCAGCACAACUGUAGUUUUGGGGAUUCUGAAGUUGGACUUUGUGUGUUGUUGGCAUGAUUGGGUAGGUGUGAUUAUCAGUACUGCUACUUUCCAUAAUGUUAUAUUUCCCUGCAGACCUCUAGCAUGGAGAUUUCUGUAAAAAGAGUUCAGAUUCCAGAUACUGGUGACACUGUGGAGCUCUUCCUCUGCGACAGUCCUGGCAAAGCAAUCUUUUAUGAGGUGACAGAGAAACUGUGGGACCAGCCGGGUGCACUGUGCUUGGUGUUUGAUGUCACAAAUGAGAGCUGGUUCAGUAGCUGUGCUAAGUGGUUGCAGAGAAUUCGAACGAAGACAUACAGCCCUCAGCUCUCAGACAUGGCAGGCCGCAAAGCAGUGGAAAAGGGGCAGGCGGAAGAGUGGGCUGCAAGCAAUGGACUGGAGUAUUUUGAAACUUCUGCGAAAGAACUAGAAAACUUUGAGCAGCCAUUUCAAGCACUGGCAAAAGCUUUUCAUCAACUGUACCAGGAAAGAGUGGAGCAUUUCCAGGGCCUGGUGUAGUGUUGCAGCAGGACUUUCAUCAGCAGUCACUGCACCCCUGGUACCUCUAAUGAGACAACUCCUAGCUCUGGUGUAUUUGGAUUCAUUGCAUGCUCAUAAUGGAGACUGUCAAGGCCAGAGAAAGAGUCAUAAUCAAUCCAGGAAGUAUGAGGUCCCAAUGUAUUUUUAAUGAUAAUCAGAAACCUGUGACUGUCUUGCUGUUAUUCAGUAUCAUGAAGGCUAUUGGAAGCAUACAGUAAACUGUAGUCAGGUGAAGAACCGCAAGUUGGACUUCCUAAUGAACAAUAUGUAUAUUACUUAAUUCAUAAAAAAGCUUCAUUGUAAUUAGUAUUUUCAUCUGGCUUAGCAAGACAAAUGCCCUCUCUCAACUUUCUUUAUCUCAAAAUUGAAAAUGAUUUUGUUACUAAAGCGCUACCAUUUGGCUGCUGUGUGCCCAUGUACUGGUACUAAGUGGGAAAGGUUGGCAUUUAUUAGUGAUACUGCACAGCUUUACAGGCCAUCAUUAUUAGGAGUAUAGCACUGUACAGAUCCAUUUGCUUAUCUUCUGCCUGUUGUAA